AUGAGUGUCGACCCCCUGCGCGUGCGGGCGACGCUCCUGCGCUUUGACCGCUUUUUCGCGGGCGCCGACGCAGCGAUGCAAAAGCGACUGCAAAAGGCUUUCGACGUCAUGCGCAGCGCCAUUGACAUUUUCGGCCUCGAGGGCGUGUGCUUUAGCUUCAACGGCGGCAAAGACUCGACUGUGUUGCUGCACUUGCUCCGCAUUGUCGUCGCCAAGCGCGUGCUCGAGGACGCGCAGCUGACGCAACACGGGGCAGCUCAAGGCCGCACGACGGUCACUUCGCCCCGCACUGGCUUUGUCUCGGCCGACUUGUUGCCCGAACAAGAGCUCGCACGGCGGGUCCGCGCACAGCUGCAGCGCGUGCCGGUCAUGUACUUUGACUCGUCCGCGCAGUUCCCCGAGGUGCGCGACUUUACCGAAGCGUGUACGAAGCGGUAUGCGCUCAAGUGCCACGUGUACAAGUGCUCGUUCGUUGAGGGCGUCAAGGCGAUGCUGGAGACGCUCGAGAUCAAGGCCAUUUACAUGGGCGUGCGAGGAGGCGAUCCGCACACGGAAGACAUGGAGCACUUUUCGCCGAGCAGUCCUGGGUGGCCGCCGUUCUUGCGCGUGAAUCCGAUUUUGCAAUGGACGUACGCAGACGUGUGGAGCUUCCUGCGGGCCUGUCAGCUCGAAUACUGCGUGCUGUACGAUCAUGGGUACACCUCGCUGGGCAACAUCUUUGACACGGUGCAGAACCCAGAGCUCUGGCGAAAAGGCGAGGACGGGCAAGAAGGCCACUAUUUGCCUGCAUUCGAGCUCCAGGAUGGCAGUUCGGAGCGCUGCGGACGUCAGAAGAAAGCGCACACGACGUCCAAGUCCGAGUAG